AUGGCGGAUGAGUUGCGCCAUCGAAAACCUAGUAUUCCGGAGAAGUUUGACAGCGAUUUUGUCGAUGACGACGAGCUUCGCGAGAUUGUUCGCGAUAUUGAGACGGAUAAGCAGAAGGAAACGCCGGUGGAAUCGAAUACGCGAUGGGCAAAAACGAAGAGAUGCUUACGCGAGUGGGGCGCUUCGUGUAGUUGGCACGGAAUUCCGCAUAUGGCACAAUCGUUGACAUUCUUGGCAAUUUUUCUAUGGGCCACAAUUUUAUUGAUUUGCGCCAUCCUUCUCGUCUACUUGAUGUACAGCACAAUUUGUCAAUAUCUGAAAUUCUCGAAGGUUGUCAAUUUGAACAUCGGAAUGGAUCAAUCGCGAUUCCCGUCGGUGACGUUCUGCAACACGAAUCCCUACAAAUUGAGCGCCGUCAAAUCGAUUCCCGAAUUGGAGGCGUUGCUCACCAUCUACGCGCAAUCGAUAUAA